GAUGGAAUGCAGUGUAGGGAGAUUGAAGGCGCAACUUCGUGCACGGAGGAGGAAGGCGAUGCAGGCGAUGUAGGUGCUGCCGGCUGCAGGGCUGGACACCGCUGCCAUCUGCGACGUUGUCUUCCAGUUGUGCUGCUCCAUAGGUUGUGGCGGUAUGCCUAGAGUCACACCCAAGUGGUGGGUGAAAAGGAGGACGGGAGGGGCGUGGGAGGAUUUGCAGCCUCUGGACGACGUCACAGAAGAGAACUUCCACGAUAAGCUACGUACGUCGCCACGUGUCUUCCGAGAGAUUACGGAAAACCUAUCGCCAUUUCUGCAGUGCCGUUGCCGCCGUGUGACGUUCGACAGGGAGCCGUUGCAGCAAGACCACAUUGUGGCGUACGCAUUGUACAGAUGGGCGUCCGGGGAGACGUACGAGAGCAGCACGUGCAACUUCGACAUUGGCAAAGCUACGGGUGUGGUGGCGGUGCGGGACGUCACUGCGGCGGUGCUGGCGGUGUACAGGGAGAAGGUGUCGUGGCCGAAUGGGGUGCGAAAGGCGGUCGUUCUGCGUGCUUUCGCUGACAAGGGGUUCCCUAAUUGCCAGGGUUGUAUCGACUGCACACAUAUCUACAUCGACAAGCCGGUGAACGCACCUGGUGAAGACUACUUCGACAGGAAACGACGUUUCUCAGUCAUCGCGCAGGUCGUUUUCGAUCUCGACUUACGUGUGCUGGACAUUUUCAUUGGAUAUCCAGGAAGCUGUCAUGACGUCAGGGGCAUUCACCUCUCUAGUCUUUGGGCGCGCGCGGAGGCCGAGGAGUUGUUCACAGGGCCGCCUGUGAUGCUCCCCUUCCAAGUGCAGACACGUGGCUAUCUACUAGGCGACAAUGGGUACCCGCCGUCGGAAUGGAUAGUCGUUCCCUAUGGCGGAACCAGUUAGCAGUCGUCCGAGUUCAGGUUCGACAACAAGCAAAAGA